UUCCGCUUCGAACUGGAGGGCAUUCACAGCCGGCUCCAAUGUCAGGCACAGCGCGUCUCGUGAGCGACCUUAAGAGAUUCGCAGACCUUCAGUUCAGCCUCUUCACUAAACGCUAUGGCCACCAGAUUAGGGACAUUCUCGAAUUCCCCAUAAAGGUGGUCUUGACCCCUUUCACACUUCCCUUACAAAUUGCUGGCUCCGCCCAUCGUGGCUAUGGCGUCCCAGAGUUCAUUUCUAAUCUCUCUUAUUCUGCAAUUUUCGCAGUUGCUACGUUGGGAACGUAUGAUAUUGCAUUGGAGCUGGGAAAGAAACUGGUUUGUUCGAGUGACUGUAGGACUUGCAAUGGCUGGAAGGCUUUGCAGUGCACAAUGUGCAAGGGUUCUGGGAUGGUGCAAUACCAGGUGAAAGAUUACCAUCUGCAUAGGGGUGAGAAGCCAACAGCUGAAUGCAUUGCAAAUGCCAUAGCUGAGAACCGAGCUGAGUUAGUGCACUUUCCUUCAGCAGUAGACCUUCCCUUGCCACUACCAUCUAAAGAUUGUCCCACUUGUGGUGGAUCUGGUUCUAUGAUAUGCCCAGAAUGCGAAGACAUGCCACCAAUCAAGAUAUCUGCUGAUAAUAUAAUGGAGCCUCCAUGGAUACCGUAUAAUAUAAUGAGAAAGAUAGACUACCCCUAUGAGCAUAUAGUUGAGAGUAUGAAAGACCCCAGCAUUGCAGCAUUUUGGUUGAUUACCUUACCUCAGGUAGUAGGAGGAUUUAAAUAUGAAGAUGAUGUCAAAAGGAAGAUAUGGUGGCAGUACAAGGAAUCUAUGCGGUACGAUCUACUAAGAGAUGAGGUUGUCAAGCGAAAGCCUGGAUGGGAAUACUUGCAAGAAGCUUUGAUCUCAAUUGAUCCUGCCCGUGCUAGGGAUGAUCCUGUUGUCAUAAAAAAUAUCCCCUAUUACAGGGCCUUGAAGGCGCUAGAAGCUGAAGUAUUGAAACUUGACCCUCCUCCGCGUCCUAAUGAUUGGGGAGAGUUGAUCCUUCCUCUUAAUAUAUCUUCUUGGACUGAAGAAGAUCUCAAAGAUCCAAAAAGACUCGAUGAAAUGAAAGUCCUUCUUAGUGCACAAAAAGAAAUUGCAGAGCAGAUGCUGGAUGCUCAGUGGCAAGCCGAGUGGCGGGAAGAAAAGCUAAACAAAAUGUUGGAGGAGAAGGUACAGCCAUACAUUCAGAACAUUGACAAUGGUGUGCUUUCUCAGCCUAUUAUAAUAAAGAAAGAGACACAAAAGAAAAACCGCAGGCAAAGGCGAUGGUGGUUCUUUUGAUGACAUCUAUAUAUAUAUUGUAUUCUGUAAGACUGUAACACAAACUAUAUUUUCCUGGCUCGGUGAAGUAUUUUAUAUUGUAAGCUUUUUCUAUAUUGUAAGCUUUUUCUAUGUUAGUACUUCAGGGGGAUAAAUUAUGUAUGAUCUCCACUCCUGAAUUUGUAGUUUCAGACAAUAAAUGGAUGCUUAUUACUUUCUUC